CAUUUACUAGUAUCGGCGUUCAGGCCCAGCGUCUCUGCUUUUGUUUAUCGCUCGUAUUCGCUUGCCUUUUCUUAUAUCUCAUCUGAUUCCCCUAUUUUCUAAUUGAUUACUGCUACAAUUGCAUUUGAUUUUCUGCGCAAUGGCUCCCAGAUCUUUCAAGAAGCUCAUCGUCGCGGUGAGCGGGACUUUCCCCGGCUACAAGCAAGCGCAAUUGAAAUCAAUGGUAGAAAGCCAUGGCGCGACGUUUAGUGCUACCGUUGCGGAAGACUGCACCCAUCUGAUAACUACCCAGAAGGAAGUUGAGAAGCAAAGCAUCAAGUAUCAACAAGCGUCUAGCUGCAGCAGCUGCCAAAUUGUCUCGAUUGAUUGGCUUCUUGAGUCGGAUAAGGCGAAGAAACCGUUGCCGGAGAAGAGUUAUCUUUUUGUAUCGGCUCAAGCUGCCCCGAAGCAGGAUGCUGUCAAUGGUAUUGCGGACAAGCCCGAGAAGAAGAAGCGUGCUACCCGACAGGAUAACAAGCAGAAUGGUGCUGCUGACAAGGUUGAGACGAAAAAGCGUGCCUCGCCGCAGCCAAGUGGCAGUGGGAAUACUUCCGAAAAGAAGCCAAAGAGUGCGCAGAAGGCUAGCUCCAAGUCAUUGAAGGUUCCUGUCGAUGAAUCUUACUGCUUCUGUGAAGCCCAUUUUUCAGACCCUGCGGUGCAUAUUGAUGAUUCGGGCCUGAUCUGGGAUGCCACGUUGAACCAAACCGUCGCGUCUAACAACGCCAACAAGUUCUAUCGUAUCCAGCUGCUGGCCGGUAGGAAUGCGACUGAAUACUACACUUGGACUCGCUGGGGCCGAGUCGGAGAGACUGGUCAGUGGGCGCAUCUGGGUGAUGGCACUCUGAAGAAAGCAAUGGCAGACUUUGAGAAGAAGUUCAAGGACAAGUCAGGCCUCAAGUGGGAAAACCGGACCGAUACCCCAAAGAAUGGAAAAUACACAUUCAUCGAGCGCAACUACGAGGACGACGACGAAGAUGAAGAUGCGGACACGAAGCAAGUGGCCAAGAAGGAAAAGAAACAGGUCGAAAGUCUUUUGCCCGAAGCAACCCAAACGCUCAUGACCUUCAUUUUCAACCAGGAUCAUUUCCUCUCCACCAUGGCUUCUAUGUCCUACGAUGCUCAGAAGCUGCCUCUUGGAAAGCUGAGCAAAAGGACUCUUGAGGAUGGCUUCAGGGUUCUAAAGGAUCUGUCCGAACUUGUUUCUUCGCCAACUCUGGCAUCUUCGAGAUGGGGAACCACUUUUAACGCUGCUGCAGAGGAACUUAGCAACCGUUAUUUCACCACAAUUCCUCACGUAUUUGGCCGCAAUCGUCCCCCAGUUCUUAGCAGUGAGGCCCAGAUCAAGAAGGAAGUCGAUCUUCUUGAAGCUCUGACGGACAUGGACGUGGCCAAUGAAAUCAUGAAUGAUUCCAAGGAUGCCGAUGAAAUCCACAUGCUGGACCGUCAAUUCCAGGGACUUGGAAUGAACGAAAUGACACCAUUGGAUCACAAGUCUGCCGAAUUCAAAGAGCUUGAGCAGUACCUGUCUCAGACGCGUGGUUCGACGCAUAGGAUUCGCUACAGCGUCAUCAAUAUAUUCAGAAUUGAGCGCCAGGGCGAAAAUGAACGAUUCGAGCAAUCGAAGUACGCAAAUAUCAAGAACAGCGACCGUCGGCUGCUGUGGCACGGAUCUCGCAGUACCAACUUUGGUGGUAUUCUGAGCCAAGGUCUUCGUAUUGCGCCACCUGAAGCACCUGUUAAUGGAUAUAUGUUCGGAAAGGGUGUGUACUUGGCCGAUGCGUCGAGCAAAUCUGCAAACUACUGCAAUGCCUACAACAGUGCCAACAUGGGAUUACUUCUUCUUUGUGACGCCGAACUUGGAGAUCCCAUGCUGGAGUUGUAUGAUGCUGACUAUAAGGCCUGUGAAAAUGCCCUGAAGCAAGGCAAGAUUGCAACACUCGGCCAAGGUCGGACUAGACCCGGAGGCUGGAAGGAUGCUGGCUGUCUUCACGAAAAUCUGCAAGGUGUGAAGAUGCCCGAUGUGUCAUCUGGAUUCCUGAGCUACAACGCAGCGUGCUUGCAGUAUAACGAGUAUAUCGCGUAUGAUGUUGCUCAGAUCCGGCAGAGAUACCUGUUCCAUGUUCAUAUGAGCUGAUCAGGUUCCUGUUUCUGCUGUGUUGGCUGUUUUAUUUCUACUGUUUCGUCUUUCUUUGUAUGUUUUCUGUUUAUGGAGUACUGGGGUAUACAGGUGGCUGGGCUUGCAUUGCUUAUGGGAUCCAAGCGGGAGUUGGUUUCUUAGCGGUCGUGGCUCUGCCUUUGGCAUUUUUAGAUAGGAAAAGUAUAAGGUACUCACAGGUUGAGC